CUUGUUUUCCUGGACCCUCCCAAAGUCCUCACUUACGCAGCUUCAAGAGUUAUACCCCUUGCUCUAGCAUUUGCCAUUUGGUGUCCGCCUGUAUAUCAUGUCCUCGAAUCUGCUGAAGCUCCCAGACGGCACCGAACCAGUGACCAAUGCAGACGAGGAGAUCUUCCUCGUAUACACAGCUCUGAACCAAAAACCACUCGACCUGACAGGACCAGAUGGAUUCCGCGGCUUAGGACACGUUGAUUCUCGCAAGGACAUCCUUUCGAUCCAAUUCGAACUCUCCGCCCCAUUACAGCCAACAUCUUCUUGCACCGCUGAAUUUAAAUCGACGUCGAGGUCACGAAAGGGCAAGUCUACAAGGAAAACAAGAGUUUGCGACGAAUCUCCUCAUGUAAUCGAGAUCGAGCUCGCGCAAGACAAAACUGCGCUGCGCAGUCGAAAAGGAGAUACUGGGAGCGUCUUGUGGCGAGCGAGCAUAGCGUUCGCUCAAGUGAUCUUGCAGCAAAAUCGCUUCCCUCCAAACAAUCCAUUAUUCGAUAAGGAUUUGCUUCGGGAGAGUCAUAUACUUGAGUUAGGGUCAGGCACGGGCUUGCUCAGUAUUGCACUUUCUGCCUGUUCAAAGAGCUACACUGCAACGGACAUUGCGCCGCUUCUCCCACUUAUCCGAAAGAAUGUCGCACUUAAUUUCGCGGGUUGGACGCAAGAUACAAAGCCUUCAGGGAGGUCACCAGGAUCGAAUAUCUCUGUGGAAGAGUUAGACUGGGAAACCCUGCUGUCCCUGCCCCCGGCCGGGCGGUCACGCUAUCACCCUAAACCACCUGAGCCAAACGCUGCGUGGGAUCUCGUGCUGAUCGUCGAUUGUAUCUAUCACCCCUCGCUUCUUCCUGCACUCGUCGAGACAAUCGAGACAGUUUCAAGCGCAGAGAAGACAUGGGCAUUGGUGAUCGUUGAACUACGGCAAGAAGAUGUCCUGAGGGAGUUCCUUGAGAGAUGGUUGGACAAGGGGACUUGGCGGUUGUUCAGGGUGGACGGGCUUUUGGAUUUACCGUAUGUGGUUUGGGCUGGUCAGAAGUAUGUAUGACGGGCCAGCGCUGAUCAGCUGAUGUUACGUUUCUUUCUGCACCGCUGUGUUCGCAAACUUGACCCGUCGGAACAAACACGAUGCCUUGCACAGCAUGAAGUCAUGACGCAGGUAAGAUCGUCAGAGGAUGUACAGGAGCUUCAGGC